ACCAGAACUCAAAACUCACCCGUCCUGGACAAAUGGAGAGCUUUGAGAAUUCUCAUCAGGAGAUUAAAGACAGACUGUCUAAGGACAAUACCACCAACUGUGGAAAACAGACAAAUAACAGUCAGGUGCGUGAAACUGAUAGACCCUCCAAGCGGCUUCGAAGGAAAAGAAAGCUGCUUUUAGAUUCUGAAGAGGAAGAAGAAAAUGCAGAUGAAGAAGAGGAAAAGAAUAAAUUGAAAAACCGCAGGAAUGCAAAAUCAGUGAAGCAAGCUGUUCCUGCAAAGAAGAACAUUUGGAACUGGAUGACAUACUUAGAAGAAGAACGAAUGCCAGCUGCUCCCUUAAAACUUUUCAAAGAGUCUCAGUCCUUUCCACAAAACAAAAAUGGAUUUAAAGUUGGAAUGAAGCUUGAAGGACUGGACCCUGAACAUCCAUCUUUAUUUUGUUGUCUUUCUGUUGCUGAGGUGCAGGGGUAUCGAAUGCGACUGCAUUUUGAUGGUUAUUCAGAGUGUUACGACUUCUGGGUUAAUGCUGAUUCAACAGAUAUCCAUCCUGUUGGCUGGUGUGAAAAAACAGGCCACAAACUGCUCCCUCCUAAAGGUUACAAAGAUGGGGACUUUAACUGGGCUUCAUACUUAAAGAUCUGCAAAUCUCAGGCCGCCCCCAAAAAUCUUUUCAAGAUCCUAAGCACACCAGUCACACCUUCUGGUUUUCGGGUGGGCAUGAAGUUAGAGGCAGUAGACAAAAAAAAUCCUUCCCUGAUGUGUGUAGCCACCAUUGCAGACAUGUUGGAUAAUCGACUGCUGGUUCAUUUUGACAACUGGGGUGAAAGCUAUGAUUACUGGUGUGAUGCAAGUAGUCCAUAUAUUCGACCUGUUGGUUACUGCCAAGAAACUGGAUCUGCCUUAACAACACCAGCCGCAUACAAAGAUUUCAAAAGCUUCUCAUGGGAGAAAUACCUGGAAGAAACUGGUUCUCAGGCAGCACCAGCAAGAGCAUUUAAACUGCGCCCAGCUCAUGGAUUUCAGACUAACAUGAAACUAGAAGCUGUAGACAAAAGAAACCCCAUGCUAAUUAGAGUGGCAACCAUAACUGAAAAGGAUGACCAUCGUGUCAAGAUACACUUUGAUGGUUGGGAUCAUGCCUUUGAUUUUUGGGUUGAUGCUGACAGUCCAGAUAUUCAUCCCAUUGGUUGGUGUGUCAAAACUGGACAUGCCUUGCAACUUCCACCAGGGAUUGUCAAUGCAGCAAUGCCAGCAGGACAAGUAUGCCCUACUCCUGGUUGUCAGGGAUUGGGUCAUGUCAGGGGACCCAGAUACGGAACUCAUUACACGUUAAUUGGCUGCCCUUAUUCUGAAACCAGCCGCACCCGAGAGGGCUUGUUACAGGAUCGCCUUGGUGGAGAAAAACCAUCGCCUGGUAGCAGUGCUCCCAAACCCAAGAAACCUGACAUUUCUGUGCAACUUACAGAUUUGCAAGAAGAUUCUCCACAGUCCAGAAAGUCAUCUACGCAAGAAGGAGAGAGGUCAGGGAGAAGCAGCGUUCAUAGUUUUUCUGAGCAGUCUGAGACCAGCCAAGAGAAAGACUGGGCUGAAGGGGAAACAUCUACUAUUACUAAAAUCAAAGCAAAAAGAAUUGGCUGUUCACACAGCUAUAUAAAGCUCCAGCUAGUGAAGCAGGAGGCUGACGGCGGAAGAGACACUGCCUUUGCUCUGCAGCAGGCCCUCCACCAGUCUGUCUUCAUGCCUUCCCUGUCUGCCAAUCCGACCCACCGUCUCCAUCUCUGCUGGGAGCAGCACUGCAAACUGCUGCCGGAGGUCUCUGGCUUCACUGCUAAGAAUGUGGCCAAAUGGAGCGUGGAAGAGGUGGCUGGCUUUGUUCAGCGUCUGCCCGGUUGCAAAGAACAGGCCUCACUCUUCCGACAAGAGCAAAUUGACGGUGAAGCCUUUCUUCUCCUGAAUCAGUCAGACAUCGUUAAAAUCCUUAGCAUCAAACUGGGGCCCGCAUUGAAAAUAUAUAAUGCAAUUCUCAUGUUUAAAACAGCAGAAGAAGACUGA